AUGGCACGGCCGGUUAAGAGGCAAGCACCACAAGGAGCACCAGCAGAGGAGAUUAAGGAGGAACACCUUUUGGCUUUCAUUGCGAAGAAGGAAUAUAAUGAUGAUAAUAAAUGCAAAAAAAGGCUCGAGGAAUAUUGUGAAGAGUUGAAGGAAGCAGAUGAGAAAUUCAGUGUGAAUGAGAAAGUUAAAGAACUUUGUGGUGGUGGUGAUAAAACAAAACGAGAUAAAAAAUGCACAGACCUGCAAGUUGAAGAUGAAUUGGACACUUUUGAUGCGGAAAUUCAAAAUGCAUCGAAUAAUAUAAAAGAUGAAGAAUGUGAAAAAUAUGAAGAAAAAUGUAUACUUUUAGAAGAGACGGAUCAUGAAGAUAUUAAGAAGAACUGUGUCAAGUUGAGGGAAGGAUGUUACAAAUUGAAGCGUGAAAAGGUGGCAGAGGAGCUUCUUUUCAGGGCGCUCGGAGGGGAUGCUAAAGAUGAAAACACAUGUAAAGGAAAGAUGGAAAAGGUUUGCCCAAUGUUAAGCCGAGAAAGCGACGAGUUGAUGUCUUUCUGCCUUGAUCCGACUGGAACGUGUAAAGCGCUGAAAACAAAAUUGGAUACUGUUUGUGGGCCUUUAAAAGUACAGCUUAAAGAUGGCGAAUUAAAGGAAAAAUGUCAUGAAAGACUUGAGAAAUGUCAUUUUUACGGAGAAGCGUGUAGUAAUACAAAAUGUAAGGAUGAUAAGGAGCAAUGCGAGAAAAAUGGAGUCAUAUAUAAAGCGCCAGGAUCCGAUUUUACUCCGGUGAAACCGAGGGCGUCGUUGUUGAGAAGUAUUGGGUUGGAAGAUGUUUAUAAAAGAGCUGAAAAAGAAGGAAUUCUUAUUGGAAAAGUAGGCGUGGAUCUACCAAGAAGGUUUGGUGAUGAUUUUCUGCAAGAUCUUUUGCUAGUGUUGAGCCAAGAUGAGGAUGAUAAGGAUACAGUAAAAAAGUGCACUAAAGCGUUAGAAAAAUGUGAUACUUCUAAGCAUUUGGAUAAUGAUUUUAAAGAGUUAUGCGAUGAUGGAAAGAAUAAAAACGAAAAAUGCAAAAAAUUACUAAAUGUAGAAGAAAGAUGUACAAAUCUCAAAUUAAAUCUUUAUCUGAAAGAUUUGUCUACAAAAUAUGAUAAUGAAAAAUCAAAACUUUUAUUCUGGAGAGAACUGCCAACCUUAUUUACAAAGGGAGAGUGUGCAGAACUUGAAUCGGAAUGUUUUUAUUUAAAAAAGGCGUGUAAAGAUAAGGAGAUUGAUGAAGCAUGUCAAAAUGCACGAGCAGCGUGCUAUAAAAUGGGAAAAGAUAGGAUGUUGAGUACGUUGUUUCGAAAGGAAUCGAAGGGGGAGUCUGGUCAUAAAAGAUAUUAUAACCAUCCUGAAGAAUGCCAAAAAUCUGUGGUAGAAGAGUGUACAAAACUUGAAAAUAAAGAUAAGAGAUACCUUCCAAAGUGUCUUUAUCCUAAAGAACUAUGUUAUAUGCUUUCAGAUGAUAUUUUCCUUCAAUCCAAAGAGUUGGGAGCGCUUUUGGAUGAUCAAAGGGAUUUUCCAUUAGAAAAGCAUUGUGUUGAAUUGAAGGAGAAGUGUGAUGAACUUGAAACUUAUUCACAUUCGAAUUCGGAAAAGUGUAUAACAUUGAGAAGGCGCUGUGAAUACCUUAGAGUUUCAGAGGAAUUUAGAAAAGUAUUUUUAAAAAGAAAAGAUCAUGCAUUAUAUAAUGAGCAAAACUGUACGGAGGUGUUGCAAGAAAAAUGUAAUACUUUAUAUAGGAGGAGAAAGAAUUCAUUUAGUGUUUCAUGUGCUUUGCCAGGAGAAACAUGUGAAUAUAUGGUAUACCGUACAAAAGAUGAAUGUUUUUAUUUAAGUGGCAACAUGGAGGAUGAAAAAAUUGUAGAAGAAAUUGAAAAGAAAAAAGCAGAUGAAACAGCGCUUGAAGAACUCUGCACAACAUGGGGCAGACAUUGUCAUCAACUUGUGGAGAAUUGUCCAGAUAAGUUGAAAAAAGAAAGUGAUAACAAAGAUCAUAACUGUGACAAACUCGAAGAAAAAUGCAGUGAAACCUUUAAAAAGUUGAAAGCGAAGGAGGAGCUGACUCAUCUGUUGAAAGGCAGUUUAAGCGAGGAAAAAAAAUGUAAAGAAGCAUUAGGAGAGCGUUGCACUGUGUUAGAAAAGAAUGAAGCAUUCAAAAUUCUGCUUACUAAUUGUCAAGAGGACACCAAGGAAAGUGUUUGCAAAAAAUUAGUUGAUAAAGUAAAAAAGAGAUGCCCUACUUUAAAAACCGAUUUGGAGAAUGCGAAAGAGGAGUUGACAAAGAUGAAGACUGAGUACGAUGCGCUCAAACAGGCGGCAGAAAAAUCUACAAAGGAAGCUAAGUUAUUGCUAUCAAAGUCUGGAAAAGCCGCAAUGCCAACUGCGCAGAAUGGCAGUGCUUCUGCACCAGUACCAGCACCAGCAGGAUCAGGGUCGUCAUCAGCAUCAGGGUCACCACCACCACCAGGGCCACCACCAGCAGCAGGGCAACCAAGUGGUGAAACACCAGGAGCACCAGGUGGACCACCAGGAGCACCAGAUGGAACAUCAGGCACAUCAGGUCAAACGAAGAAUAAUGCAAAACUUGGACUCGUUAAAAGAGCAUAUGUAGAUGGAGGAGUAUCAGAAGCAGAGGUCAAAGCAUUUGAUGCAACGACGAUAGCAUUGGAGUUGUAUUUGGAAUUGAAAGAAGAAUGUAAAGCUUUACAACUAGAUUGCGGUUUUAGAGAGGAAUGUCAGGAAUCUAAACAAGCUUGCGAAAAAAUAGACGAGUUAUGCGGAGGAAUAAAACCAUUAGAAAUUAAGCCUCAUCAUACAGAGAAAAUAACAGAAACGAAGACAGAAACGAAGACGGAAACAAAGACGGAAACAAAGACUGAUGGCAAGGCUGAUGAGAAGACCGUUGAGAAGACUGUUACGGUAACCAAGUCAGUAGGUGGAGGAAAAGUAACAGAAGAGUGUACAAUGGUACAAACAACAGAUACAUGGGUAACACGUACAUCAUUGCAUACGAGUACGACAACGAGUACGUCAACGGUGACGUCGACAGUGACGUUGACGUCGAUGCGCAAGUGCAAGCCUACCAAAUGUACCACCGAUUCAAGCAGAGAGACAGAAGAAGGAGGAAAAGAAGAAGAAGAAGUAAAACCGAAUGAUGGGAUGAAAAUAAGAGUUCCUGAUAUGAUUAAAAUAAUAUUGUUGGGAGUGAUUGUUAUGGGGAUGAUGUAA